AUUAUGGACUGCGGGAUGAUAUACAAUCAAGAGGAAGAUGUUUAGACGUUGUGUUUGUUGUUGAUUCGUCAACUUCUCUGGACGGAACUUCGUUGUCGCUGAAGAAGGAUUUCUUACGAACAAUAGUAAGUAAAUGGGAUAUUUCAAGUGACUUUGUUAACGUGGCGAUUGUCCCAUUCAGUGAAAAUGUUGUGAGGAAUAAAGUGAUUUCUUUACAACAAUUCCAAAACAACAAAGAAGGUCUAACCGCCUCUAUAAAAUCUUUGCCUGAGAGUAAACCAGGUACGCGGAUUGAGAAAGCUUUGAAUUAUGUACGAACUAAAAUACUCUCAGAAUCUAACGGUAAUAGGCCUCGGGCUCCGGGCAUUGUCGUUGUUAUGACAGAUGCUAGACAUCAGGAUAGCAUUGAUGAACCACUUCAAAAAUUAUGGGACUUGAACAUAACCACUUACGCAAUUGGCUUUCACCCUCGACCUCCAAUGCAGAUCUUAACUUCACAACUUUCUAAAAUUGCUCGAUAUAAUCGAACACGAUUGCAUUUUGUUGGUUCGAUUAAUGUAAAGAUUCUACAAAACGACAUAAUGAUGGUUUCCUGUCCAAAACCAAGUGAAGUAGAUGAAUGCGUAAAUCUGGGAGGAAAAUGUCACGAUCAUAGAAAACACGUCUGUGUUGAUGGAUACGUUGUUGAAAAAUAUUUGAAGAAGAAAAUGUGUGGUUGGGAUAAAAAUUGGAAAUGUUUGGAAAUUUACUUUCAGCUGAAAAAGGAGAUCUUCCGUGUACAGACAUGGAUGGAAAACGCAUGGUUCGGGGAACUGAUAUUUGUUCUCAAGGAUAUGUAUACAAUAACCGACCAGCUUGCAGUGGAACUAAACAUCGCAAGUGUUGUUUACCUUGUAUGUAUCAGUAUCUAUAGAUAAGAAACA